AUGGUCCACUCUCCUCGCGCGCCUCAUCCCAUCUCAUGCAUGGCUGCCAGUAAUGGUCUACUGGGUGUCAGCUUUUAUUGGCACGGCACAAAGCAAGUGCCAAGGGCUCGGUGGCUCGACUCCCCGCCGCAGACUCGGCCUGUGGAUAAAAGCAAGCAAAAUGCUCCAGUCGAGCUCAGAGACAUAGUCAUGUUGGGCUGGAACGAGGAAGUGCAGUGGAGAGGGGAGGGACUCAGGGCGCAGCUCCAUGGGGCCGCCGCGGCGCUGCGACCUUCUGCACAUGGAGCCGGGGAGAGUUGGAAGAACUUCAUUCUGCAAACUCAAGGAAUAGCAGAGUACCUGCACCGCAUGGAGACAGAGGAGGCUCAAGAAUUGGCCCAAAUGCCAGGCAGGGACAGCCCCCCUGCCAAUGAAGCUUCAGAGGAUGUAGAGGAGCCUAUGGCCGUUCCUGAGGACCUGUCAGCCAGCUCCAACCACCAGCAGAACAACAGAGGGGACAAAGGUGCAUGCAUCAUCUCGACGAACGCAUCCAUAAGUCAGAACAUCAGUGAUGCCGCCUGUAACAUUAAAGUUGAGGCUCGAAGUGAUGAGGAGAAUGGGCUGGCCUGUGACAUGAGUGGCAUGGAGGAGGAGUGUGCGGAGGACUUGCGCGUGAUCGAUGCCUCGGGGGUCAAGGUGAACGGCUCACAGCCGAGCCCUGACUCCAAAGCCUUCACCUCGGCCGGCGGUAUCCGGCUGCCCAACGGGAAGCUCAAGUGCGAUAUCUGUGGGAUAGUUUGCAUUGGCCCCAAUGUGUUGAUGGUGCACAAGCGAAGCCACACUGGAGAACGUCCUUUCCAGUGCAGCCAGUGCGGGGCCUCUUUCACCCAGAAGGGCAACCUGCUACGUCACAUCAAGCUGCAUUCAGGAGAGAAACCCUUUAAGUGUCACCUGUGCAGCUAUGCCUGUCGCAGAAGAGAUGCCCUUACCGGACAUUUACGCACCCACUCGGUUGGAAAACCUCACAAGUGUGCUUAUUGUGGGCGGAGUUACAAACAGCGCAGCUCUCUUGAGGAACACAAGGAGCGGUGUCACAAUUACCUCCAGUGCAUGGGGCUUCAGAACAGCAUCUACACAGUAGUUAAGGAAGAAAGCAACCAGAUUGAGCAGAGGGAAGACUUAAGCCAGACGGGAUCUGACAGAGCCCUGGUGCUAGACAGACUAGCUAAUAAUGUAGCUAAACGUAAGAGCACUAUGCCACAGAAGUUUGUUGGUGACAAACGACUGUCAGACCUUUCCUAUGUCGGAGGAGCAGGUGAGCUGAUUCAGCCCCAUGUCAUUGACCAGGCCAUCAACAGUGCCAUCAGCUACCUUGGGGCUGAGUCGCUCCGGCCGCUGGUCCAGACAUCUCCGGCCUCCUCUUCUGAGGUUGGUCUAGGCUCCAUGUUCCCUCUCCACAAGCCUGCAUCCGAGGGCCAUGCAGUGACAGGCCUGUCUGCCAAAGACAGCGCAGCAGAAAACCUGCUGCUGCUCUCCAACUCCAAGUCUGCCUCCAGCGAGAAGGACGGCUCCCCGAGCCACAGUGGGCAGGACUCCACAGACACAGAGAGCAACAAUGAAGACCGCCCAGGCGGAGCAUCCUCCGGCCUCAUCUACCUGACCAACCACAUCACCUCCAGGAAUGGUGUACUCCCUCUGGUGAAGGAGGAGCAGCAGAGGCAGUAUGAUGCCAUACGUGCCAGCAUGGAGAUGGCCUCUGAGGGUUGCAAGGUAGUAGCUGCAGACGGGGAGCAGGUGAGGGCGUACAGGUGUGAACACUGUCGUGUUCUCUUCCUUGACCAUGUCAUGUACACCAUUCACAUGGGCUGCCAUGGCUUCAGAGACCCCUUUGAGUGCAAUCUCUGUGGUCACCAAAGCCAGGACCGAUAUGAGUUUUCCUCUCACAUGACGCGUGGGGAGCAUCGCUACUGAGUACUGUCAGAGAACACACACAGCUGUACAUAAGCAAAACAUGACACACACUCAUACACAUGCACCUGAAAUAAAGCAGAGACAUUCAACAUUUAAAAAUACACUGUUGUUGUCUGAAAGUUGUUUUUUUUAUUUUAGGCAUGCAAGUUAGUUAAACACAGAUUAAUGUAUACAGAUAUUAGACAUUUCUAUUUUUUUCUAAUUUCAAAUCAGAUGAAAGGAAGACUUGUUUAGACGAAUUCUGUCCAUAUGCAAAAAAAUAAUAAUCAUAAUGUUCGACAACACAGCAGAUAAAUCUCUGCAACAUCCCACAUUACUGAUGCAAAAUGUAUAAAAUGUAAAAAUGUGUCUUUCCGUUUGGAAAACAGACAGCAACUCUUUUCUAGUUCUAAAAUAUUUCCACAUUACAUCACAACUCUCUGUAUUGAAGUGGUGGAUAACAUGUCAGCAAGGAUUGUUUUCAGUGCAAGAAAACAAAUGUUAUUGUCAGUAUUAUAUACAAUCAUUAAAAAUUUAACAAUCCAUGUAGAUAACCCUUCAUUUGCAGUCAAAGUGUCAACCUGUACUUGUAUUUCGGCAACCUUCAUAUUAUUUAUAUCAUAUUUACACACACCUGUCUGUUUUUGUAUUUAUUAAAGUGAUUGAUGUUUGUUGAUAGAGUAGUUAAUAAAAGCUGCAUCUCUUACUGUCCAAUUGUACUAAAUGUAUUUGAGGUGAAAACAUGACUGCUACCAGAAGCUUCAUUUUAUUUCUGAAAAAUGUUAUCCUGGCCUUUUGUUUUAUACCGAAUAACUACCAAUUAUUUCACUCGCAUAAUAAAAAAAAAUAUGUGAGGUUUGAAAUAGCUUGAUGUUUGCAAAAUAUCAAUAAAGUGUAUUUUAUAUAUGCACAAAGUGUGGUACAUUAACCUGA